ACGAGUGUUGAUGUGAGGAGUGAGGAGACGACGCACGGACAUCUGAAUGAAGUUUUGAAAAUAGCCGCUGCUCAGAAACUUUCCCCGACAUCGACAAGCUGGUGAAAGUUAAAAGGUGUCUGGCUUCAACAAGAAGCUGAAGUAGGCUGGUCUCCCCAUUUAUCAUAAUCCAGUGUGUUAUGGGUGGGAGGGAAUAAAAGGGGUUGGGGUGGACUGAUAGCCAGGCUGGUGCCAUAUAGUCAUAUGGGUGUGUGGAAAUAUGGGUUGGGGUUGACUGGUGAUGACUGGCAAAGUUAAUAUGCCUUAUCUGUUGUUGAGCCAAUUUAAUCUUUUUAGAUAGCUCAUAUUUGGCUAAUUUUUCAAGAACAUUUUUGUUUUACUUAUUCCUACUGGAUAUUCAAUCACAUGGCCUAUUGUUGGACUACUUUAUUCUGGCGCUUACUUUCUGAGACUCGUUUAGACCUACUGGCCUUCUUUUAAUUUGCCAGACUGUUGAGGCAGAUGUUGACUACUUUUGCCGUCCAGACCGUGCUACACUGCAAACUUUUUUGAACCACCAUCCAAAGCAAGAUGCUCCAAACACAAUAGGAAAGGUCUUCACAAACAAAGGAGGUACAAGCAGGAAGUGGCUGACAUACUGUGAUCAACGUCCUGCUUUAUUUUGUUUUGUAUGCUUGGCCUUUAGCAAGCCCUCUGAUAACAGUGUAUUCAUUACUGGAAUGUCUGACUGGAGACAUGCUCACCAGAGAGCAGAAGAGCAUGAAAAAAGCAUGGCACAUAGAGCUUGUGCUGAAGCUUAUUUUCUAAACUGCUCAAAAUCUGACAUAAACAGCCUGCUUAGAGGAAGACAGCUAACUGCUCAUAGAGAGCAGAUCAAGAAGAGACGGCAGGUGUUAGACCGUGUGGUGGAAGUGGUCAGAGUGAUUGGAAAGAGGGGGCUAAGCUACAGGCAUGAAGACAAUGAGGCUGCUUAUACUCUAGAGGACAGCAGCCUUGAUCAUGGCAACUUUUUGGAGAUGAUACUUUUGCUGGGGAAAUAUGAUGUGGCAUUGAAAGAACAUCUCAGUGACAUAAUUCAUAAAAGCAAAAAGCUCCAUGAAUCUGCAUCAGGCUCAAGAGGCAGGGGUUCCCUUGUCACUCUGCUGUCUAAAUCGACUGUCAACUCAGUGAUUGACACAAUCCUUAAGAUGAUCAAAGACAACAUCGGCACGGAAAUUCAAAAAGCCGGCAUGUUUACUGUACAACUGGACACAACACAGGAUAUCACAGCACAAGACCAGUGCUCAGUUGUGCUUCGGUACGUCACUGAUACUGUACACGAGAGGCUUGUUGCUGUGGUAAGGUGCAGUUCAUCCACAGGAGAGGCCUUUGUUCAGUUGUUGAGUGAUGUGCUUGAUGGUCUGAACUUAGACAAAAGCCUCUGCAUCGGAAAUGCCACAGAUGGAGCUGCCAACAUGCAGGGAAGAUACAGAGGCUUCUCUUCACUCUUGUCAUCACAAUCUCCUCACCAUGUCCAUGUGUGGUGCUACUCUCAUGUGCUCAAUCUCGUUCUUUCUGACACCAUUGAAAUUGUGAUAGAGAGUGGAUCUCUUUUUCAUCUCCUGAAUGACAUCGCUGUGUUCAUCCGAGAAUCUCAUCAGAGAAUGAACGUAUGGGAGAAGGAAAGCCACAGCAGCAGGCACAAGCGCAUAGGACCCAUUGGAGAGACACGCUGGUGGGCAAAGCAUGAUGCCUUAAAGAAAGUGUUUGGCUCAUUUGGGAAACCGCAGGACUGUCUCUACAUUGAUGUUCUGUGCACCCUUUCAGCCAUUCAAGACCAGACGACAGUGAAGUCAAAUGUAAGAUCCAAAGCAAGGGGAUACAAAGAUGGCCUUCUCAGACACGAGACCAUCCUGACCGCGCAAUUAUUCUUGCAGAUAUUUGAGAAGACCACCCCACUAUCCAAAUACCUCCAAACAGGCGGGAUGGACAUCCUCUCUGCCCACAGGAUGGUGAUGUCCACACACAAGGCCCUUAAGGAGAUGGGAAGAGAUUUCCAGACAGUCAAGGAUGCAACAGAGAGUUUUGUGAAGUGGGCAAAUGACAAGCUGGAGGAGCAGGAUGAGGAGAUGGGCAUGGAGGUGGAGGUUUCACUACCGCAGAGGAGGCCAAAGAAGAAGAAGUCCAUGCCAGGAGAGAUGGCCCAGGAUGAAACUUCCAAUGACCCAAGCAAGACGUAUGAGGUUAAAGUCCAUAACCAAAUUAUGGACACCGUUAUUGAGGCCAUGCAAAGACUAUUCCUCGAUAACGGCAAUCUGUAUGCGGACCUCUCAAUUCUGGACCCCCAAAACUUCCCAGAUAUCAAAACCAGUGGUCUUCCUGAGUCUGCACUGAAAGACCUAAGCAGAUGUCUCAUCAAAUUUAACAAUUCGGCAACCAUAUCAAAUUUACAAUCUGAACUUGAAAGCUUGGCAAGCCAGUGGGACAUGCUGAAGCGUCCACCACUAGAUGAGUACACAUCCCGUACUGUGGAGGAAGGACCUGGGGGAGACCCAGAGGAGAUGAAAAUUGUCAGCAAAGCCUGUGCCUCAUGUAAAAACUGCCCCCUGUGUUGCUACCAGAUUCUCCUCAGAUUCAACCUGCUCACAGACGCAUACCCUCUUCUUUCUCUGUCCUACAAAUAUCUGCUGACACUCUCAGUGACACAGGUAGCCUGUGAAAGAUCAUUUUCAACUUUGAAAUUCAUCAAGAGCAGGCUGAGGAGCAGCUUAUCUGCUGGUAAAUUGGAGGCCUUCAUGCUGAUGUCCACAGAAAAGGACAUCCUCAUGGGAUUGGACACAGACAGUGUCAUAGACAGAGUGGCCGAAAAAAGUGAACUGCUUCGGAAGCUCCUACUCUACUAAAGAAGCCUCUGUCUCAGGUUGUGGCGACGACUUGCUUUCACAAAGGUUCCAUUUCAGGAUUGUGAGAUUGGAUUGUGAGGAUUGUUUUUGGAGAUCGACAGACGUUUGGUUUCUGGGGCUUCACAUGUACAUAGUUCUUACUGGAUUGACGGGGUUUGUGAGCGUUGGUUCCGGUGAAGUCAGCUAUUCACCAAGUUUCAUGAGCGUUUGAUGGACUGUAGUCGGUGUAGACAGACAAGGCUAUGCACCAAGUUUCAUGAGUGUUUGAUUGACUGUAGUGUGUGUGCCCAAAGAGCUGAUUGGAACUGAAGAGCGCAGACAAGGCUAUGCACCAAGAGCUGAUUGGACUGAAGAGAGCAGAUAAGGCCAGUUCAUCGGCAGCUGCCAGGGGCUCUCUUCUCUCAACGUCCAGGUUUUCUGCCAGCUAUCAUGACAAAUUUAUAGAUUCAUUUUAAAUAAACAAUUGAGUGUGAAGUCA